AUGAUGAUGAUGAAUACAAAAAUCGACAUUCUUUUCUUCUCAAUCCUCUGUUUCUUACUCACAACAAGCUGUGAUUCAUGGGGAUGGUUUUCAGAAGAGAAAAACCCAUCAUCAUCAUCAUCAUCGUCAAGAACAUCCCAGAUUUCCGGCCAAAAGUUCGCCGGAGAAUUCUCUAUAGAUCCAUUAAAUACCCAAAAGGGUUCUCAACUUGUUGAAAACGCUAUGCAGAAAUCUCAAUCUGGUUCAUGUUGGCAAAACGCUUAUCAAAAUCUAUUUACUGGUUGUCGUGAAAUCCUUGCUGAUGAUGAAAAACAAUCAAGAUUCGCCUGGCUUCUAUCCGACUGUUUUCAGAAAGAUUCUGGUAUGUUAUCGUUUCCCAAUUGUGAUUUAAAAUCCAAUAUGAAGAAGUGUAGAAGCAAGCUUGAUGAAGAACAAAGUCGGGUUUAUCUUCAAUUCUUUCUUCAAACCAAUGUUCUUUGUCAUCAAUUACAAGCUCAUGCAUUCAAACAACAAACAGAGAAACUGGUGAAUGAUUUAAAAGAAUCAGCCCAAUUUGCAGAAGACAAAUUAAUAAGUAUAGAAGAGAAAUCUGAGAAUUUAAUCCAAAGUUCUUCUCAAAUUCAUGAUUCUCUUUACUCAAUCAAAGAACAAUCUCAACUAAUAUCCAAGGUUUCGGUUGAAGUUUUUACGACAGUUGAUAAUGUGUUAAAGCACACUGAAGGUGUUCAUGAACAAUCGAAACGAAUCGAGGCUUCUCAGGAAUUGAUUAAGUAUGGGCAAGAUGAAUUGAGGAAGAAGAUUGAUGAUGAUAUGGAUAGAAUUAGAGAAGCCCAUGAUAGUUUAGGUGUUGAAAUCAGUAAUUUGAAUAAUGAAGCUAUUGAAAUUGAGAAGGAGAUUGAAAAGCUUGGAGAUUCUUUGUCUUUAAAGAUGGGAACUUUGCAGAUUAAAGCAGAAAGUAUUGAAUUUGCAACUGGAACUUCAUUAGAUAAACUUAAAGAACUUCAAGAUGGACAAUCUGUUGCUCUUGAAGAUGUUCAAUUUCUAAGUAAAUUCUUGUCAAAUGCAUUGGAAGAAAGCAGGGGAACUCUGCAAAAAUUAGCUGAAUUUGGAAAUAGACAGCAAGAGGAGCUUCUUCAAAGACAAGACCAUUUACAAGAAGGCCAUGAACGUUUAGUUGAGAAUUCAAGAACAAUAUUGGCUGCACAGGAAGCGUUUGAGUCGAAGCAAGCGAGCAUGUUUAUGGUAUUGGACAAGCUUUUUACAGUCCACAACGCAAUGUUGGUUGAGUCGCGGUUAAUAAAAGCGUUUGUUUUAUACUUUUUGGCCAUAUUUAUCGUGUACAUGUUCACUAGCACGAAACAAACGUACAAUAUUAGACCGCGACUUUACAUGGGGCUCUGUUUGGCUUUCUCUAUUGAAUUUGCGGUGUUGCGAUACGCGACAGGGAGAAUAGAAGAUCAAGCUUGGAUUAUAAGUUCGAUUAGAACACUUUUUGUUACGUUGUCGUCGAUUCAACUAUUAUAUGUUGUCUUCACUUACAGGGACUAUGAAGUGUUGAAUCAUCAUAUUUUGUUGAAUCUAAUGGACAAGAUUAAUAAUAAUGUUGGAAUGCGAGAGCAAAAAGAGAUAUCUUACGAUAGCGACGAAGAUUGGAAUUAUGCUAUCAAUAAAGAGUAUAACGAAGAAGAAGAGGAUGAACUCAAUGAUCCCGAUUUUAUACUUGAGAAGGAGGAAGUUGACGAGAAUUCGGUUUCAACAACUAGUUUAACUAGAAGAUAUAACCUCAGAUGUCGCUCUCAUCGUUCUUAUGUAUGA